AUGCCAUUGCCGUUUAAUAAAAAGUUGGAUCUGAAAUUGUUAGAAUUAGUAAAACAAAACCCUAUGAUUUACAAUACAAAACAUCCAAAAUUUGUCGAUUUCGAUGCUAGAGAAGUUAUCUGGCAGAAAAUAGGUGAUACUUUAAAUAAGCCAGCUGGAGUUUGUAAAUCUCGCUGGGUCAAUAUACGGGACAUGAUGCGGCGAAGGCUUCGAAACCGUUUUCGGAAUCCACAGGCUAAAAGUUACCAUUAUAAAUAUGAAGAAGAAAUGUCCUUCCUUCUACCGUACUUUAAAGAAAUGAGCAAUGAAUACGAGGACUACUUGGAAGAAGCGAGUGAGAUCGAAAUAUCAGCGGAUGUAUUUGGUGCAGAUGUUUUUGAUGGAAAUAUUUCUACAGAGCAGUUUGACCGUCAAGAUCUAAAGUCAACUGAUGCUUUAGAUGUCUUCUUGAUCACGGUUGGAAAUACAUUACGGAAGUUCUCUCCAUAUUACCUGAACCAGGCCAAAAGUAAAAUAUUUCAAAUUGUACAGGACUAUGAAUUACAACAGAUUAUGGAUAAGGAGGAACAGCCUAAUACAAGCAAUGAUAGAUAA